AUGAGCACUGAAAGACUGGAAACUUCAGAGGAACCACAGGCCCCUUUGGCCAAUAUGUCUGAGACUAACUCGAUAAAGGAAGAUUCAGAAAGUAUUGUCACCGUCUUUGACCUGGCAAGUGAAAUAGAGAAAUCACUAAAGGAUGUUCAGAGACAAAUGAAGGAAAAUGAUGAUGAGUUUUCACGAAGUAUACAAGCCAUUGAGGACAAGCUUAACAAAUUGAGCCGGUGA